AUGUUGCUGACGUGCUCCACGCCGUCAGCCACCCCGUUUCCCGCGGCGCCGCUACCCAGCGCGCGCCGCGGCACCGCAUCCGCGGCGCUGCCGUCCGGCACGCGCCGCCCCGCCGCGCCCGCGGCCACAUUUCCCCUCGCCGGGCCGUCUGACGCGCCGACCUACCGCCCUAUGGUAGUCGGUCGCGAGACGGAGCCGCGAGGGACCUCCAUCGCCGACUCAGAGCGAUCCUCGAUUUCCCUGCGCAUCCGCCAGGUUCAGCUGAAGGCUGAAGAGCAGCUCGCCAAGCUUGCGCGAGCUAAGUUGCGAAUCAACAAACAGUUGAUAGAGCUAGAAGAGGCUCACAUGCAACGCCGCCUUGCUUAUGAAAGCGAGUCAAUCUACGAAGAUGAACCAAUAUACGGCCACGCCACGGCCGUACCGAUGAGUCACCCGACUUCAUCUUUCUCCGAACGUCGAGGCCUCGACGCUCAUCCACAUGCCGCCAUCCCGGCGCCUAUGUCCCAUGGCGGGCAGACCACCCUGCCCCGAGAGACACUGUCAUGUUGGCAGAGAGAAAACGAAGCCCAACUCCACUGCAGUGAGCUAGAGGCCCAGCCCUGCUACACCGAGCAUGAGAUCUGCUACGAAGCAGACCUCCCAAUCAAGCAAAGUGACGUUCCCAGUUACGUGCAUACCGUCGACCAACGGCAUUCCUUUCCUGUUCGUCAGUGUAGUGACAGUGAAAUUUACUGCUAUAUCAGUGAAAAUGAAGAUUAUGAAAGUGAACAUGUGAGUGACUAUGUGUCACCUGUGUGCCGCGGCACAGUCACGGGCUACCUGGAACCGGUUUCACCCUCCGACGGUAGAACCGCCGCAGGCCCAGACUACCUGAAACCUGUUCCGCCCGCCGACGACCGAACCGCCGCCAACCAUGUGAGUCACCCAUUGACUACCUGGAACGAGUACCCUUCACACUCAGCCAUAAACGCCGCUACAGUGAUAAAAGUGUCCUUAAAUGAAUGUGUUGCGAGUGUUGACAUAGUGCAAGACAAUGAGUGUGUUAUUGUGCAUUCCAUUCCGUCUCUACUAGAUAGAGACCCGCCCGACCGGGCCGCCACCGCCACCUGUAAUAGUGUGUGUAGUGAAAGUAAAAAAGUGCCAGUGUAUGUGUGCCACAACUCCAACCGCUGUGAUGAUGACACAUACAUCGAGGUCGUCAGUCCUGACGCCACGCUCGAGGCACGACACCCGGCCGUCCAACCAAAUGACGGCCCAACUAUUACCGAUGUGGUGAGUCAACCUCUGCCCAUUUUCCAACAACGGUGUGACGUUGACGCUCACUAUGAGCGCCACGACGCCGCCGCUGUUCCUGAGUGGGACGCACCCGUCCCGCCGAUUGACGGCCGACCCACGGCUGUCUCGUUGAGUCAGCGUCCGCUGUCUCCACCGUUUCCCGAGCGCCGAAUCCCCGACGCUCGCCACAUGCAUGUCAACCCUGACAAUGUACCUGAGCGAGACACACCCGUUCCGCCGAUGGACGGCCAACCCACGGCUGUCUCGCUGAGUCAGCGUCCGCUGACUCCACCGUUUCCCGAGCGCCGAAACCUCGACGCUCGUGGUGAGCGCCUAGACACUGGCGCUGUUCCUGAGUGGGACAUCACCGUCCUACAACCUGAUGACCAUUCCACGAUCAUCUUGCUGAGUCAGCAACCGCUGACAGUACCGUAUCCUGAGCGCCGAAGCCUCGACGCUGAGCUUACUACACCUGUCCUCGUGUGUCGAGUACCCGACACACGAUACCAUGCCGACACACACAAUGUCGGCCGUGACGUCUCCACACAUGAGCUGCACGUCAAGACCGACGCUGCCUUCCAAUGGACGACGUCAUCCACUUCCCCGUCCACCCCCGCCGCUGCCGCAAUCCUGCCGCAGCCUGCGGAUUCCGUCUCUGUGCCGCUACCAGCUGUCCAGCCAACAGCACGAGACGACUCCGCACAGCCACGUGAGUUGCCUACGGGGGGAGCCCUUCUUUCCCCGUUGUGUGUUAUUCCGCUGCGUCAUCUUCCCGCUGCUGCCACUGAGCGCGGGACCUCCGCUGACGUGGCCCCACCAACAGUAGCGAGCCGAAACGCGCCGCUACUCUCCGCUGCACGUCAUUGCCCUUUCCCCGCUGCUUCCAGACAGCGCGGGGCCUCCACUGACACAAGAGUGUCACCUCCUGCGACACCAGUGAGGCAGCCCGCUUCACUGAAGUUCUAUGAAGGCCGCACCCCGCGGCACCAUCCCGCUGCUACAUCCAGCAGCCGAGCCACGACCGCCCCGAGACGUCCACUCGUCGAGACGUGGAUCCACGACGGGGGGAGCCCCUCCUCGUCGAGUCGUGGCUACCAACCUGGACACGCAACACGCGGUCCCACUGGCCACCCCAGGCCAGCUCCAACUACAUCACCGGGUACAGCCACGCCGCUGAAGCCUACUCGGCGCCCGACACUCGUCGUUGACAAUCACGACGACCGUCGCUCCGUGCCGCGCCGCCCCGCUGCUAUGAGACAGCGCGGGGACUCCACUGGCCACCCCAGGCCAACUCCAGCUACAUCAGCGGAUACAACUACGCCGCUGAUGCCCUCUUGGCGCUGCUCCCUGCCGCGCCAGCCCGCUGCUACGAAACAGCGCGGGUACUCCAAUGCCGACCCUGCGCCGCAGGCGUCCCGAGUGCGCCGCCGUCGACCGCAACGUCCCGCUGCUACACAGCGCGGGAUCUCCACUGGACGCACGCAACAAGUUCCAGUUGCACCAGCAAGCAAGCCUGCUACGCUGGUGUUCACCGCACGCGCCCCCUCACCGUGCAACCGUUUCCCCGCUGCUGUGAGCCAGCGCGGGGUCUCCACUACAACCGCACGCCACCCCUCGGCGUGCAUCCACCUUCCCGCUGCUACCAUACAGCGCGGGAUCUCCACUGCAGUGACAAAGGCGGGAGUCCUCCUGCCUAUGUCUGCCACUCUGCCGCACCAUACCGCCGCAGAACCCGCACGACGAUCCCUCGCCGAGUCACGAGUCGUCGACGGGGGGAGCCUCCCCUCAAGCUCCGAUCGAGACCACCCCGGCCGCCGAGGCCGCCGAGGUCACCGAGGUCGAAGAGGUCGCCGAGACCACAACCCUGAGUCAGCACCCAGCGGACCCGCUGGCUACUCCCAGCCAUCCCAAGGAUCAGCAAGUAAGCCUACUCCGCUGAUGACCACAGAGCGCCGAUCUCCAUCGCACCGUCACCCCGUAGUUAACAGACAGCACGGGGUCUCCAAGGACUGCACCCAAGCAGCCCUACUGACACCAGCCGUACUGAGGCCCACUGCGCGCUCCCGAACGCGCCGCCCUGCUGCCUCCAUGAGCAGCCUCACCGCCACCACGUCAAGACGACCCUUUGCACGAGUCGUCGACGGGGGGAGCCCUCCCUCUUCCACCGGUGGCCGCUUCAUCGUGUCUGGACCCAGACGACCCACAGACUAUCAACAGCCUUCCAUGAAGAAAGCGUGCAAGCCUGCACCGCUACACCCUUCGUGCCGCCCCACGUGGCAUCACCCCGCUGCUUCCUCACAGCGCGGGGACUCCGCUGACUACCCCCCGUCAGCACCUGUGAGCAAACCAAUUGUGCUCGUUUGGCACCGCACCCCGCCGUGCCACCCCACCGCUAUGAAACAGCGUGGGGACUCUCCUGGCUGCAGACAGCCAUCGCCUGGGACACCAGCGUCCCAUCCUAAGCGCCCCCAGCCGCACAUGAGCCGUCCAGCCGCACAUCCCGUGCGCCAUGAGACUCCAACUGGCACCCUGCCAGAUACCACACCGCUCGCAACCGCUGAGCGCCGCACCCCGCGGCACCGUCCCACUGUACACACCGUGCAGUGUGGGACUUCCACUGGCUGCCCCCAGCCAGCACCGAGGCCUGUCAGCAAGACCGCUGCGAUGGCAUUCCAUGCGCACUGCCCCUUGCCGUGCUGCAACUUUCCUGCGCGCCGCCCUUCGCCGAGCCGCAAUUUCCCCGCUGCAUUUACACAGCGCGGGGUCUCCAUUGGCUUGACCGAGCCAACUCCAGAGCCGACGUCUACGAAGCCUGCGCCGCUGACGAACAGUGCGCGCGGCUCCCCGUCGUGCUACCCCGCUGCUCUAAGCCAGCGCGGGGACUCCGCUGCAACCGCAGUCAUUCCUGAACUUCCGCCGACUGCAACCAGCAGCCAUGGUGCAGAGACCGCCACCGAGGUGGCCCCGACGCCGCUGCGUUACUCGCUUCAGGAGGAACCAGCCACAAGCGGAAGCUUCAUCGAGCCCAUUGACGCCCACACCGGUCGUCAAUCCAGAAGGGCUAUCUACACCACCCCCAGCCGCACCAAGAAUGCGGCAGACAGCAUCUACCCUGGACACGGAGUCCAAACCGGACGAAUAGUUCCACGCUGUCCUCCAAAGAAGGCUCAUUCCAUAUACGCCGGGGGGAGACUGUUACGGACAGCGAGCUAUCCAUCCUGCUCACACGCACAUCGCUCCCUCGCACCCACGCAUGGCGCGCUUGACCAAUGA